UCUCAUUCCUCACAUCCACAGCUCCUCCUCGUCCUGGCCGCCCUCGUGGCCCUCUCCGAUGCCUCUUACGUGCCCCAGGACUCCUAUAGAGGGGCGCCCGCUAACUAUGACUUCAACUGGGCCGUCAAUGACGCUCCUUCCGGCAACAACUACGGCCACCAGGAAGCCCGCGACGGAGACAACACGCAGGGAUACUAUUUCGUGCAGCUGCCCGACGGUCGCCUGCAGAAGGUCACCUACUCUGUGCAGGGUGACUCAGGCUUCCUGGCCGAGGUCACUUACGAGGGCGAGGCCCAGUACCCCCAGCAAGGAUACGGCGCCCCCACCAGGCACCCGACGCCGACCUACGGCACCCCGGCCCCGAGCUACGCCCGCUGAGCGCACUUCUCUCCCUCCCGACGCCAGGACCCGCUCCCCCUCCCCUCACCCCUUUCUGUAUUUAUUAACUCCCUCCGUGCAUAACUUGCAAUAAAGACAAGGCAAGCAUUCCAUCUCUUUAUACCUUCAUCCGCUCUCCAGCUAACAAAAUAAGUGAACGCCCAUAAAGGGCACACACGCACACAACUUCCUCCUCUAAAAGCUUCCAAAGGUUCCUUCAUCACAGAGCUGCCUUCCUGCCACAUGGAGCGGCGUGAGAAGCAUGAAAACCAACAUAAGCAGGAAAAAAGAUGGUCUCUGCUGAAGUAUCUCCGUCCCACAUUCCCGAGGGAUGCCAUGCAGUCCUUCAGCAGCUUGCCUGGAGAACACGCAGGUCGAAGUGCGUCACUGUGAGUACGAACAAGGAAGCUCCUCAUGGUAUGAAGUACGCAAAGCUCAACCGUGCACAGCCAGCAUGCCUUCAAUUAUGUUUUUUUUUUUUAUCCUCAUUUUCACAA